UUAGAUAUGUCGACCGAUUGAGUGAGUGUGUGUAUGUAGGUCGUCGUCGGUGAGGAGACCGGAGCUCUUGGGCUGAGUCACUGUCACUCGUGCUAAAUGGAUCAGCACUCGGAUGGGUCAUCUUGUCGAUUGCUAUCACGGACGGGAUCAAGUGCCGAGAGCUCGAGCGCCGCGAUCGAUAUGAGGGAUCUGAGCUCGAGUCCCAGGUGUACAGGGAGAAUGUCACCGUCCUGUGCGGCGACGUCAAGGUUCGAUGUAAGCGGGGGGAGCAGGACGAUGGGAGAAGAUGGCGAAGUAGGCGUGUCGCCGCUCGCUGCUUCUCUGGGCGGCGAAAGAAACGCCAACGCGACUGGUAUGGGUGCGCGGCCGUUGAUUGGCGCCGUAAGGAAUCAUGUUGGUUGCGGUGUUGGGCGCGUUGUUGGGGGAGGAGUGGGAGUGGGAGUGGGAGUGGGAGUGGGAGUGGGAGGAGAGGGAGGGGAAGAUGGAGCACCAGGAGUGUUUGGGGAUCCGGCGGCGUUCGGGGGCAACGACAUGUGCACGAUGAGCUCGGUCGUGUUCUCUUCGUCGGACACGUUCGGGUUCGGCAGUGGCGGCGAUGGCUGCGGUUUGAACUCCACGCGGGGAGUCAUAUCAUCGUCUUGUGGUAUGGAAGGUUUGAUGGGGGGCGGCGUCGCAGGUCCAGAAGAGAUGCCAAUGGAGACGGGAGGAGCCGCUGCUGCUGCUGCAGCCGCGGCGGCGGCUGCCAGAAUGCGAGGAGCCUUAGGGACGAGUGCAGGUAGCCACAGAAGAGGGGGGGCGAUAGGGAUAGCCGGAGGAGGAGGAGGAGGAGGAGGAGGAGGAGGCUUGUUCUUUGGUCACUCGACAGGGUCGUCGGGGGCGAUUGACGUGGGGAGCCCGUCGGCUUUCCAUCCUCGUAGGGACUCCAGCGUCGGCCUCGGCCGAGUCGCCGACGUCGCGCCGGGCUUGUGUAGUGCCAGGGUGACGGACAGCAACAGCGUGUGUACAGAACCCUCUCCUCUUCUGGGAGCGCAGAUGGCAACCACUGCACAAAACCCCAUGCACGAAGAAAGUUUGAGAAGGGCUUUCGGCGGUAGCGACGCCACGCUGCGCGCGGAGUGCUGCGAUAUGGAGGGGGGUCUUGGUCACAAACAACAAUCGAUGGAAUUGGAUGGUGAGCAGCGUCGUAGCCAUCAUCACAGUCAGCAUCAUAGCCAUCCGAGUCAGCAUCGGUCGCCUCACCCUCAGCAGCUGCAUGGGGAGGCGCAGGGGGAGGACGGGGAGUACCGACUCGCGGCGAGGCAAUGGGAAGGUUUGAAAGAUGUGAUGGUGGCAUCGACGUCGGCAGCCGCAAUGGACGAGCUUGAGGAAGCCGAUCGUGUCAUCAAGAGCUUAUCGGCUAACGAAGCGAUCAGGGAGCAGAUAAAGGCGGCCAUCAACGGCCGACUGCAAGGGGGGGGCACGGCUGAGCUGUCGUUCGGAGCGGCGAGUGGUUCGCCCACGAGGCAAGACGACGAAGCGAUGAGCGUUGCGGCGGCGGCCGCCGGAGUUAUGUGGGUCCAUCCGGCAUCGCACGUGGAUCCCUCUUCGCCAUCGUGCGAGACAAGUGGGCGGCUAGGGAACUCCCAAUGUGUGGCAGGCCCGCUGGAUCUAGGUAGCGCAGCAGCACGGCUUGGCGCGGAGAGGAGUGAUCAGAGGUCGGUGGUGAUUUACGGCGAGCACGUGGCGGCCUGCAGUGAAGCGGCAGGCUUGAUCCAGCAGCUGUCGGCGGCUCUGCCGCACAGCAGCAGAUCAGCGCGGGGAAACUCCGGAUGCGGUGAGCCGCACGGAUCGCCUCCGCACUCCUCCAGAUCGUACAGUAGCAAUGCGUUCUGCGGCGGAGGCGGGGGGAAGCACGCCCACGCCCAUGACGAGCAUGCCGCUCAAGCGGACGCCUCCUCGAGCGUGGGAUGCUACACAAGCCUGGACUUGUUUCGGAAAGCACAGCCGCAAACUCUCUCCUACGACGACUAUCUUCACAUGGCGGUCGUGGCAGCAGCCGCAGCGGCGUCGGGCGGAACGACUAUCUCAUGCUCCGCUUUCGGCUCGCCGAACUGUUGGGGGGCCGGAGAGCCCGCAGUGAGCGAUCUCUCCGCGCUGACAGGCGUUGCGGGAGGAGGAGGAGGAGGAGGAACAGGGCGGGGAGGCGGAGGGGAAAGAGGAGUACAGCAGGCACAGGGCACGCCGACGAAUGCGGCAGCAGCCGCAGCCGCUUGCAUGGUGAACCUUCAUCACGACGGUCUUCGCCUCAUGCAGCAUCAUAAUCCACGUCUCUUGACGUCGACGACCGCCUGCCCCUCGGCGGGAGCGCUCGAGGCAGCGCUGAUGUUCGGCGGAAGCUCGCAGCCGAGGCCCGGAUCGCCUUAUGACGUGGCGAGCUCUCUGAGCAGCAUUGUCCACGUCCACCGGGACGCUUCAGAUUGGUUGCAGGCCGUCAUGAACGCCUCUCCCGCCGAUACCCACGCCCAUGCCCACCAUGCCGCCAACCCGACACACCCGGUGACCUCUGCUGCCGUCGCCGCCGCCGCUGCAGCCGCCGUUCGGCACCAUGCAGCCACAGCAGCCGCGGUGUACAGUACCACGGGCGAGAGCCCCUCCACGUCAACCCCUUGUACAGACUCCAUGGCGGUUUGCGGAGGGCGGGGGGAAGCCGGUAGCACGGUCACGUUACCCCACCACAUGGGCAUCGCCGCCGGCGCAGCGGGUGAAUGCAGGUCAGAGAGCACGAUGACGGAUGCCGUCCUGGCACUGGGGGACCACAGCGUCGCGGCUUCCCACUCCCAUCAGUUGCACCCAGACGUGCGGAACUUGUUGCGGGAGUAUGCGAAGCUGGACUUCGCCAGUUCCUUGCUCAUGCAAGGAGGGGGGGCGGUGAGUGGGAACGGGAUGGGAGCCGUGGCCCCGCCGGACAGCAUGAUGGGAAUGGACAUGGUGAUGAUGAAUCAGGCUCGAGGAAACGGUGGAGCUGGAUGCUCCUCGUCCUUCGAUUCUAAGACGGCAGCAGGGACCGACGGGGCCAAGAGAACGUCCAAGUUCAUCGGGAUCGCGUGGCAGAAAAGAGGAUGGCAGGCCAGAGUAAAGAAAGGCACCAGGCUCAAUCUUGGCGUUUGGCAGACGGAGGAGCUCGCCGCCAAGGUCAGAGACAGAGCUGCAUAUAAGCUUCUGGGGAGCAAAGCAGUUUUAAACUUCGAAUUGACACCUGAGGAGAGAGCCACUCUAGAUCGAAUGUCGGACGAGGCAUUCUUCGCGUCCCUGCGACUUGCCAAGACUCGACGGAAGUUUCGAGGGGUGUGCUGGAGCAAAGGGACGAAGAAAUGGAGGGCCCAGAUCAAGAUCAACCAGAAAGGAGUGACCCUGGGUGACUACCUCACUCAAGAGGAGGCCGCCGCUGCAUACGACAGAGAACUCAUCAAGCGAGAUGGAAUCAGGGCAUUCACCAACGCAUCCAUUACUUUUGGGGUUCCCAAUGAACAUGUGCGUUGUUUGGAUUUCCAGAGUGUCGCCAGACUGUAUAGACUCGAAUCAAAAGGCUCGGGCAGCAGCAAACACCGUGAGCGGCGUGAGCGUCUACUGGAGGUCCAAAAACAGCAGCAGCAGCAGCAGCAGCAGCAGCAGCAGCAGCAGCAGCAGCAGCAGCAACAGCAGCAGCAACAGCAGCUGCUGCUGCAACAGCACCAGCAGCAGGAGCACGAUCAGAAACCUAGUCUUCUCUCUAUUGCAGGGAGAAGCGCUUCUGAACCUGCAGAUACCACGGCGGCUGUGUGUGGAAUGCAAUCGUCCCCACUUCGAGGGGACUCCUCUUGCCCAGUGACACUGUAAUGGCUGUUAAGUGCGCCGAUUUUCAAAUGCUAGGUCAAUCCAACCUACCAACAGAUUGGGAGACAGACAUAGAAAGAUUAGCUGACACAUCCUAUGGACGGAAAGCCAAACAGACAGACACUCAGUCCUGCAGACAAACACAUAGAUUAAAGGACAAAUGAAGUCAUAGACAGGCGGCAGUGAGCAUAUGUCACCCGUAGAAGUGUCCGUGUCGCUUUUAUGGUUGCUAGCUCCGUGUUGUUGUCACCCACGUUCUUCUCCUCGUGGUCGCUAUUUUGACGUUGUCGUUCUUCGUGUUGUUGUUGUUCCCGUCGUUAUUUUUGUUGUUGUUGCUUUUUCGUCAUCUUCCUGUCACUUCUGUUGUUGAAGAUGAUAACCAUGCUGCCCACUUGCUGUCAUUAUGCUGACCGGGUGCUGUGCACGCUGCUGAGCCGAGUUCUCCUUUCCAAGCCAUGGUGGGCUGCUGGCUGCACAUGCGGAUUGAGUCCUAUAGUCACAGACGUUUGCUAUGUAUGCUCCUGACAUCAAAUAGCAAGCAGCGAUCGUGCUUGCUGUUGCUUAGCCUGGAGCGAUUGUGUUGUUAGUCUGUUUGCUACGCAUACUCCUAGUGCCAUGCUCCUAACAUCAAAUAGCCAGCAGUGGAACCGCUUUUUACUGCUACAGCUGCACAUGGAGCAGAGGCAACAGACUAGGCUAUAAGCCUGGCUGCACUGAAGAGGGUUGCUGUCGUAAGUGGCGGCACGCACAUUGUUCGUACAACCAUUUCUAGAACUUAAGGUACAGCGGUAGUCGUCCCCAGCUAUUGUGCUUCCCUACCCGCAGUCAGUAGAUAAAUGAGUCAGUGUCACUCACGUUCGUGUUGCGUACGUGCGUACGUCAAUUCGUUUGCUAGCCUGUGCUAGGCCGGCGGGCGAUGCCCAUCAGUUCCUGUAUUGUUCUCCCAUCUUCCUCUAGUUCAGGGUCGUGGGUUUGGUCCAACCUUGCAUCUCAAACCGCAGCAAUUGCAGGUGCUGCCACAUCUUGCCUGUGCAUACCAUGUCCCUCCCCUUUCUCGCCCUCCUCCCUCACCUACAGCAGGCGCACUGUGCUGUAGUGUUUGUUGAAUCUCUGACUCCAACUUUUCCAUCCCUAAUUCCAUGCUCACCCAUCAGCUGACAGGCUGUCAGUCAGUGAAAUCGACGAGCUGUCGUUUCCCUACACUUUGUCUUCCCCGAAUUCUCCCACUUCUAGCUCACACUCCCUUCCAACCCAACCCGAAGUUAAAUCCAGGUUCCAUUCAUUCCGCGUGCAUGCAUUCUUGCAAGCACGCAUCUCUGGCCUGACUUAACGCGUGUGCACUGCACCACUGCCCACCCGUCCAAACCAUCGCAUCAUUGUGUCCCUUGGCACCCACAAUAUGCUGUGGUUUCCGUUUUUAUCUGUCACCAUUGCCCCUGAGGUCAAGCUAGAGGUUGGGUUGGAAGUAUUUCUGACAGCGAGUGCUGGCUCCCGUAUGUUGCCCUCUUGUUUGUCAGAUACCGUGCCCGUACUCUCGGACCGAGCUUCAACAAGUCCAAGCUGGGCCGGUCUUUCCUUUUUUUUUGCUCUUUUGCGUUUGCCUGGAUUUGGAUAAGGCUACGGCAGCCAAGGCCAGGCUUGUAUUGUGUUUUGCAUUGCCCGAAGUUCAUGAGUUCUCAUUGCUGACAGCGGAACUUCAAGCAUUUCUCCAUGUCAUAUUUAAGUCUCUGGCAUGGAUUCAGAUCAGUCUUGCUCCGUCACAAGUUACACAUCGCUUAAAGUCGCAUCGACCAUCCGAUUCGGAACAAUGUUGCUGCCACCGCCACCGAUCACAAUAGACCAAAAAGAAUGAUAAUUCGGGGGGGGUCAACAUUGUUGAUGUAAGGAGAGACAUCGGCACGGGGGGAAUGGACAGGACUAUGUAGGCGUACUGGUGACACUGAAUGUAGUAGUUCUAGGAUUGCAUUUAAAUCCCUACGUCGUACCGAUGCUAUUAAAUGGUGAUUGGGUUGGUGAGUGGUGACGGGGUGCAUGACUUGGUGAUUGGGCUUGAAGUGCCCAACCAUUC